AUGAUGGGAAGAAGUUCAGUUGGGUUUUUUGCAUUCCUUCUACUCGUCUUCUUUUUUGCUAUAUCAGAAAUCACGACUGUGAAGGCGAAAGUAUGUGAAAAGCCAAGCAAGACCUGGUUUGGGAAGUGCAAAGACACAGUCAAGUGCGACAAGCAAUGCAUAGAGUGGGAGGGUGCAGAACAUGGAGCUUGUCAUCAACGUGAAGCGAAAUACAUGUGCUUUUGCUACUCCAAAUGUGGUGCCAAGGCGUCUCCUACUCCUCCCUCUACUGCUCCCCCUGGGAAUGGGGCACCCGCACCGAAUCCUCCGGGACCUCCUGGAGGCGGCCAACCACCUCCGGCGGAAGGCGGACAACCACCUCCGGCGGAAGGGGGGCAACCACCACCAGCGGAAGGUGGACAACCACCUCCGGCAGAAGGCGGACAGCCACCUCCAGCGGAAGGCGGACAGCCUCCUCCGGGCAUUUGA